UCACGUGGACUUAUGUAAAAAAAAAAUAUUACCAUUAGAUAACGUGGAGAAAAAUGUCAAUCUAGCGUGUAGCUUUUCUCUAUGUUGGAAGUAGAAAAUGGUUGAUCUGGCAAGACAAGCGUUUAAUACUAACAAUUUUCUUUUGGCUGUGGAAAUAUUCGAGCGUACAAUAUCGCAAAAUGGACCGUCAGUGGAUUUAUAUUUGGGUUUAGCUGAUAGCUUUGCCAAAACAGGACAGUUUCACAAGGCCUUUGAAACAUACUCUAGUGCUUCUCGUUUAGGAUCUAUAUCGCCGGAAAAAUUAAAACAUUUGGUGACUAGUUUAGUGAACUGUGUAAAAGGCGAAAAAAAUCCAGAGCAAAUGUUUAAACAAUCACAGUGCUUGUUCACAUGUUUAAUAUGUAGGGGCCUGCUUAAGGAACCAGUGACAAUUCCAUGUGGACAUACCUAUUGUAGGAGUUGUCUAGAAAAGGGCCAGUCUAAAUCAUGUAAAAACUGUGGUGUAGCACAUUAUUAUUUGAAUGUGUCACGUUUAAAAACCAACUUUUUGAUAUCACGGGUUGUUCAACAAUGGUUUCCCUCUGAAUGUAGGGCCGCCGAUUUAAAAUCAAAAGGAAACACUUUCAUGGAAAGACAUAAGUUUGAAAGAGCAAUAGUUUCAUAUUCUGAGGCCCUUGAAUUGGCGCCAACAGAUCAUUUAUCCCUCAGCAACAGAUCACAUGCCUACGCAUUGUUAGAAAAUUAUAAAGCAGCUCUUGAAGAUGCAGAUAAAGUUAUCGGGAUACGACCUGAUUGGCCAAAGGCAUACUUUAGAAAAGGACGUGCCCUGUUUGGACUGGAUCAGUAUGAAGAUGCUGUUGUUGCAUUACUACAAUGUCUUGCCCUGGAUCCCUCCAUAGCUAGUGCUAAAGAUUAUCUAUCUAAGGCUUUACAUAAAAUAAUCACACCUCUUCCUCCGGAUGAUCCAAAGGCAGCAGCUCUACACCAACAGAUGCAUCCCUCAGUCCUGCAGCAACUUAUAAUGUCAAACUUCCAAACCACUCAGCUUCAUCCAUCUGUUACAAUGGAACAUGUUAUGCAGUUAAAAAAUAUUAUAAAUGACACUUUAGAAGCUGCAACAAAUUUUGAAGGGUCAUCGAACAUGGACCAGAAGCCAAACCAAGGCAGGGUAGAAAAGAUUUGUUAUAGAAACAGCCAACAUGAAGCUAUGGAACAAGGCAAUGAAAGAACAAAAUGUGCAUCAGCUCCAAAUUCUAGAUCAACAUCCCCUAUCUUGCCAUCAAAGAAUCCAAGAUUCAGAGAUGAUUUAAGUCUCAGUUUGAAGAGAUCAAGAAAUCCAAGUGGUCCCUGUCCAUUAAGUCCAUCUAGAGAACCUCCUGCUAAAAUGUUUGAUAUGGCUGGUUGCAGUGAACGAGAUUCCUUGAAAGAUGAAAGUGAAAGAAAGAUUCCCGGAGAUUUGUUGAACCGUGACGACUUCGACUGUAGCUUGUGUUACCGAUUGUUGUAUGAUCCAGUCACCACACCAUGUGGUCAUGUAUUCUGCCGUAGAUGUUUAGAUAGAUGUUUGGACCACCAGAGUUCUUGUCCAUUAUGUAAAAGCUCCUUAGCAGAGUACCUGGCAGAGAGAAGACAGUCUGUUACGGAAUCUGUUCAGGGGAUCUUACGGACAUACUUCACUGAUGAUUAUGAAGAAAGAAAGAAAAUCCAUGAAGAAGAAUUGGUGGAGUUUACAAGAAUGUCAGUUGAAGGAACAGCAGAGAUUCCAGUAUUUGUAUGUACCCAAGCAUUCCCAGGAAUUGCCUGUCCCCUACAUAUCUUUGAACCAAGAUAUCGGCUGAUGAUUCGACAAUGUAUGGAGUCUGGAACUAGACAGUUUGGAAUGGUUGUUACUCUCACUGAUGAUGAUGAUAAUUUUUCGGACUUUGGUACUAUGCUGGAGAUUCGUGACGUUCAAUUUUUCCCAGAUGGAAGAUCUAUAGUGGAUACUAUUGGUGGGCGUAGAUUUAAAGUAUCAAGUCGGGGAAAGAGAGACGGAUACAAUACUGCCAAAGUUGAAUUCAUCUUUGAUAAAAUGCCUCCACAAGAGAGGUUCCAAGAAAUCAAAGAAGUACAAAAUGAUGUUUACAAAUUUGCCAAGAUUUGGUUUGAUGCUUUACCUGGCCUUCAAAGAGAACAAAUUCAUAAACAUUGUGGACAGUUUCCAGCGCUGGACGAGGAUUUCACGCAGUAUCCAAAUGGUCCCAGAUGGUUGUGGUGGUUAGUGUCCGUUCUACCUUUAAAUCCACAAAUUCAGUUAUCACUUUUAGCAAUGGUACAACUAAAAGAGCGCCUGGAGGGCGUGAAGAAAGUUAUACAAUACAUGAGUUCCCGUAGACGAAGUCAAUGACUCCGACACAUGUUUACUAGAUAUUCAGGUUUAUACGUGACAUUGUCCAUAGUUGGAAUUUGUAUUUUAAUGCAAUAUAUUUAUUCUUAUUAAGAAAAUGUUUAUAGAUAAUUACAUGUAUAUAAAUGUAAAUAUUCAAAAUGUUUUAUUUGUACUUUUAACAACAUAUAUUUUUUGCUUAUACAAUGAUCCUCACUUGAGAUUGAGAUUGGUGUUGCAACUGUUGCAUGUACAUGUAUCAAGAUAAGAUCAGGUUCUUGUUAAUGUUUGUGUAAAUUGUAGCUGGUUAAAAGCUCCAUUAUUUGAUCAAGCUCUUAAUAAUUUGUAUCAUUGAUAGGAAUAAGAUUUGUGCAACACCAGUUUUAUUUCAGCAUAAUUUUAAAAAGAUGUCCAACAUGUAUAGUUUUGUAACUACCAGGAAAAUGAACAUAUCCUUAAAAUUUGUACAUUUGUAGUAUAUCAUAAUAUUUGAUGUCCACCAUUGUUUUUUAAUCAAAAGCUUAUGAGAAACUUGACUUGUUCAACAUGUAGAGAGAGUAUUGUUUUCUGUGUUGAAAACCACUUUUCUCUAUAUUAGAGAAUAUUUCAUUUAUUCUUAUGACUUAUGUAUAAAAUCAACAGGCAUUUUUUUCUAUGCCUUGUAAAAAAAUAUACAUAAUCUAACAUUUAUAAAUAUUUGUUCAAGUUUAAAAAUUGAUUAGCUGAUAUAAAAUCAUCCACACAAUAUAUAUAACCUUGUAAAUUUAUCGAUUACAAUAUUUAUAAGUAUUGUAUCUAAUUUUUUGUAACAUGAAAAAUUAUCAUAUCUUUUUACUUAAUGUGACAAAUUAUGAUUUUUUUUUUAUAUAAUUAUUACGUCAAGCCUUAUGGGCUGGCAGGAUAUUCCAAUUUAUAUACUACUGUGGACUUUCAUACAUGUAUUUACAAACAUAGUUAUACCCAGGGCGUCUUCAGAAAAUACAUAUUUAUUUGUAAUGACUAAAUUAUGAUUAUGAUUAUUAACAGUUUGUGAACUUCAUUCAUAAACAAGGCAUUAUUAAGAGUUCAAUUUAAGCCAAAAUAGAUGGUACCUAAAAAUGAAAAAGUACAGAAAACAUUAAUUCCUUAAAUUUAAAGAAACCAAAAAUUUCGAAAUUCAUUCCCAUUAAUUUUCCCUAUGCAACUAAAACAUAUAAUGCUUCUCAGGUAUUUAAGUAACACUCUCUUAUUGACAGAAGUGAAGCCUUGAUAAAUCAAAUAUCUCCCUUUAAGGAGAGUUGACAGUACCUCAUAAUCUCUAUGUGCAUUGAAUAAUAUUUUUUUUAUAAUUAAACCCUUAUGUAUUAAAAUUCAAUGAUCCAGCAUUCACAUCUUCUUGCCAUUAAUGCCCUCAUUCAUAAGAUUUAUGCUUUAAAUGUAUAAACAAUGCAGUGCUUAUAAUAGAUAGUCUACUAUUCGAUAAUUUAUUGCAGUUAUUUUUGCUUUUUUAUUGUGUUUUACUAAAAUUAAGAUAUAUCCAUAAACAAAUUCUUAUUAGAUCAUGAAGAUAUACUUCUUUUGAAUUGAAAAAUUUGUUCUGAAAAGAAAAUAAGAGUACAUAAAGUUUAAAAAAUAGUUAAAUUCAUACCGUUUAGUACAGUCGAUCAUUCUUAAAAAGUCCUAGAAUGUUUGUAAUUCAACUUCAAUGUCAUUAACAAGUAGAAUUAUACAUAGUUUAUUAUUUAAAAAAAAAUCCAUUAUCUUUUAUGGGAAUUUUACUGUAGCCUGUCAUUUAAGUGCAGGUAUGUCAUCCUUUAGUAGGUUUCAUGUCAUAAACAUAUAGAAAACUGACGUAUCUUACAUGAAAUGGGAUUUUACUUGCAGUUUAUAUCAAAAAAAUGGAACAAGUCAAAGAGCAAUGCCCAUGAAUAUGUUUUCCUCAUUUUUGUAGAUGAAAGAUGUAAUACCAAGAUAUAUUUAAAUUUAACACUUUUUGAUCUUACGAAAGUAAAUAGCCAAAACAUGUUAGAUUUUCAAAUGUAAAUCACUUUAUUUUAUUUCUGUUAUGAUUUGAAUCUGUCAAAUACAGAAGAUCAUAAUAUGUAUACAUGUAUCUUUAAAAUAAUUUAACAAUUGAACAGACUGGUCCUCAAGAUUUGCAUUGUAUUACUGACCUGUUAUUUGCAUCAAUUAUGUUGUUAAUAAGCUACAAAAAUUGUGUACAUUUAAGUAUUAUUUAUUUGUUUGUACAGUUAAUGUAGAUAAAAUUUUAUGUAUUAAGUUUUGUAGCUUUGUAAAAUGUUACACUGGAAAAAUUUAGGAAAGAAAUCAAAGCAUUCAAAUAAAUGUAAAAAAAUUAAGGGGCCUAUCAAUACCCUAAUUUUAUUUUAAAUACUUAAAUAAUAUCAAAGUUAUAAUACGUUAUAAAUGUAAACAAAUUAACUUUUGGCUGAUUUCUUGUCUUACAAAUUGUUGUUUAAUGAAUUUCCUUCUUUUACCAAUAUGGUUUACAACAAUUUAUGUGAGUAUCAUCCAUGUAGAAAUUAUGUAGUUAUAUUUUUUAAAUAACAAAUUUUUAUUUUAAGAUGUAAUUUAAAGGUAUUUUAAGCUUUCCAGUAACACAGAUUACCUUGAUUCUGUUUCACAUGAAAACUUUAAAAAUAUUAAUGAUGUUGACAAUUCAAAACAUAUCAAAAUGAAUAAAAAAGUUUUCUAAAUUAACCUUGACAAACCCUUUAAUUUCACAAAUUUGGGUGGAUGAAAUGAUAUCUGCCAUGAAAAUCCAUUUUGCGAUAAAAUCUGUCUUUCUCAUGAAAAAAGUGUUGUUACCUGUAUCAUUUGUUAGUUGUAUAGUCCCCUUACUACAUUUUGGCCAGAUGAUUUGAUAAUCAGUAAGUGAUAUUAAAAUCCAAUUUAUAAAGAGAAACUUAUUUGUUUCUUUAAAUACAGUUUUAUUGGUCAGUUAUAUUGUACAUACCUCUAUUGUAUCAGAUAAUUAAGAAAACAAAGGUUUUGACAAAGACUAUCAAACAUUCACAUUUUAAACAGUGUAUAAAGUAUCUAUAAAAGGUUGUUUAUUGUUUAUAUAAUUUGAUUAAGUAAGAUUAAAAUUCCGUAUCAGAAUAGUAAUAUGCAAUUCACAUCAUAAAGUCUACACUGUUAAAUGUUGGAUGCUUUUAAAUGGACAGUUGUCAUGCCUGUCCUGACCUAGAAAAGCAGCAUCUGAAUUUUUACAAAACAUUCUAUUGUAAAUAAACAUGUUGUUAUUUUUUGUAUGAUUUAAUAUAAAUUAUUGGUGAUUGCAUUUAAAUGAUUUCUUUAGGGCUGACAUCAUCGAAUGUUGUGCCCAAUAUUGAGCAUUAUUGAGCAAUUUGUAUACGACCGCAAAUUUU